AUGCUCUUGUCCGAUUCAUCAAAACAAGCUCUUCUUCGAUUCAAAUCCACCAUCACCACCAUCUUCAAUUCCAACUCCGACCCCAACUCAGAUGAUUAUGUACCAUUCGAAGAACUAGAUUCAUGGAGUCCAAAAUCCGAUUGUUGCUCAUGGGACCGUGUCAAUUGCACCAGAACCAGCAACAAAACCAGAAUCGUCACCGAGCUCCACCUAGACGCUGUCGUUCCCCUGUUUGUUGACCUGGUUCCGGUGUUCUCCAAUAUCUUGAAUCCCCUUUUCGAAAUCCAAUCCCUGAAAUUCCUCGAUAUCUCCAUGAAUUCGUUGGUAGGUGAGAUCCCCGGAAAUGGGUUUGGUAACCUUACCGGACUUGUUCAUCUUGACAUGAUGCAGAACAGCUUCAAUGGCUCCAUCCCCGACCAACUUUUCCGGUUAACAAAUCUACGUUACUUGGAUAUGAGCACCAAUUACCUUGAAGGUGGACUAGGGCCUGAACUGGUUUCUCUUCGGAACUUGACAACAUUAAUGUUGAGUGUGAAUCGUUUCCAGGGUAUGAUUCCUCCGUCGCUUUUCAAACUUGAAUCUCUUCGCUUUCUGGAUCUAAGCAACAACAGUCUCACCGGUGGUUUAAGUUCUGAAAUUGGAAACCUUCGGAAUCUUGAAUCCUUGAAGCUGAAUGAGAAUUUUAUUACCGGAAGUAUCCCGGAGGAAAUUGGAAAUCUGACUAAGUUAAAGGAACUUUGGGUAGGAAAGAAUCAAUUUUCCGGUGGAAUCCCCUCUUCGGUUGAAAAUCUCAAGGAUUUAGAAUCCCUAGACCUGUCUGGAAAUUCGUUCUCCCUCCAAAUUCCUUUUGGCAUAGGAAGACUACCCAACAUUACGACUCUUGAUCUGAGUAAGAACCAGUUCAUGGGUCCAAUCCCACCAUCGAUGCAAAACUUAAGAAAGUUAGAAACCCUUCAGCUCAAGAACAACAUGCUCGCCGGAGAAAUCCCAACAUGGUUAUUCAACAUCAGAAGUUUAAAGAAAUUGUUCAUCGGAGGAAAAGGUAACCGCUUGAUUUGGAAUAAUAAAACAAAAAUCGUUCCAAAAUGUAAGCUAGAACAGAUCUCCAUGUCUUCCUGUGGAUUUUCCGGUGAGAUUCCUGAAUGGAUUUCUUCACAGAAAGACUUGAAUCUUCUUGAUUUGAGCCAGAAUCAAUUGGAGGGGGAGUUUCCCAAUUGGCUUGCUAAGAUGGACAUCGGAAGCAUAAUCUUGUCAGAUAACAAGCUUACUGGAUCACUCCCGCCUCGCUUAUUUGAAUCUUUAAGUUUAUCAAUUCUUGCGUUGUCCCGGAACAAUUUUUCCGGCGAGUUACCGGAGAAUAUAGGAAACGCCAGAGCAAUCAUGCUUCUUAUGUUGUCGGGAAAUAAUUUCUCCGGCCAAAUUCCAAUGUCUAUAUCCAAUAUUUACCGGUUACUACUUCUGGAUUUGUCUAGAAAUAGAUUUUCCGGCGACAAAUUUCCAGUGUUUGGAGAUAACCCUCUUCUUGCUUACAUCGAUUUGUCAUACAACGAAUUCUCCGGCGAGAUUCCGGUGACUUUUUCCACAGAAACUCAGAUUCUAUCUCUUGGUGGGAAUAGAUUUUCCGGCAACCUGCCCCGGAAUUUGACCAACUUGGUCAACCUCGAACAUCUUGAUCUUCAUGACAACGAUAUCACCGGAAAUUUCCACGAAGUUCUUCCUCAAAUCCCGAAUUUGCAAGUUCUAAGCUUAAGAAACAAUUCCCUAGAAGGAUUUAUCCCAAGAACAAUCUCCAACCUCACUUCACUCCGGAUUCUUGAUGUCUCCGGGAACAACCUCGGCGGAAUCAUCCCACCGGAGAUCGGAAACUUAGCAAGAAUGAUAAACACUCCGGACUUGUCACCAACGUAUGACAUCUUCAACUUUUUAAUCGAGUUUCAAGACUUGAUAUUAAACUGGAAGAACUCUUUUCGAGGGCUAUCAAGUCGGAGCUUAGACAUCUACUCAUUCUUGGAUUUGUCAGAAAACAGAAUCUCCGGCGAGAUUCCGGCAUCGUUAGGCAAUCUCAAAGGCUUGAAACUUCUCAACAUUUCACACAAUGACAUCUCCGGGAAUAUUCCGGUGACUUUUGGGAAUCUGAAGGGAAUAGAGAGCUUGGAUUUAUCACAUAACAAAAUCUCGGGUUCGAUUCCUCAAUCACUGGGAAAGCUUGAUCAACUUACGAUUCUUGAUGUGAGCAAUAACAGGCUGACAGGUAGGAUUCCGGUGGGUGGACAGAUGGACACGAUGAAUGAGUUGAAGUAUUUUGCAAACAACAGCGGAUUAUGUGGCAUGCAGAUUAGGAUCAUAUGUCCAGAGGAUGUUACAUCAUCAGAAGGAGAAGAUGAAGAAGACAAGAAAGAUUCAUGGAUUAUGUGGGAGGGAACUUGGAUCGGAUUUCCAGUUGGGUUUUUUUCAUCGAUCUUGAUCAUGGGCUACUCACUGAAUUUUCUACAUCUGUUCAAAUUCUGGUGA